AUGCGUCCCAUAGCCGCGCUUCCACAAUUUCUUAAGACAUCCCGAAUCCGAGCCGUGCGCGGCAUAGAACUCCAAGGUUAUGCCUUCCGCCGAAGCUUCACUAGCUCCCCGGCCUUGAACAAAAGUAAAAAACGAGACACUUUGAAGCAAACAGAUGCUGGCGCAAAAGGCCAGGCAACUAUUGCUUCGGAUGACCCGUCAGACCUUUCACAACUCGAACUCGGAAUCGCAACCGCUGUCUCUCGACUGAAGGAUGAGCUCACAAAACUCCGCACCGGGGGAAGGCUGUGCCCUGAAACCAUCGAAAGUCUCCGUGUGCAGCUGAGUAAGGGGACUAAAGAAACAGCGAGGCUGGGCGAUCUGGCUCAGGUUGUCCCUAAGGGAGGACGAAUGGUGGCGGUUUUGGUUUCCGAAGAAAGUUACAUGAAGCCCAUAUCUUCGGCCAUCCUGGCCUCAAACCUGUCCUUGACGCCACAACAAGACCCUCACAAUGCCCUUCAACUCAAUAUCCCCAUACCACCUCCGACUAAAGAAUCUAGAGAUCAGACGGUCCUUGCUGCGAAGGCAGCCAUGGAGAGAGCCGCUAGCAAUGUCCGCGAAACACGCGGUAUUGUCCACAAACGCCUUCAAGAAAUGAUUAAGAAGAAGAUUGCUAGACCAGACGACGCUCGGAAGGCACAGGACAAGAUGGAGAAGUUGACAGAGAAGGGACAGAAGGAAGUGAAGGACUUAUUCGAGGUCGCUAAAAAGGCUAUGGAACGAACCUGAAUUUUAGAGGUCGCAUCUCGGCCAGCGCAUAUUACCAAGUAACGAUAGGUUGACUCAAAAUAUAGAAAAGUGACUGUCAUCUUAUACUACAG